AUGGACGCGGACGGUAGCUCGUCUACUUGGUCGCCCCCUUGGUUGCCUGCAGUAUACAGGCCAUUGGUCGUCAUCUGCGUGGGCGUCUGGGGUUGGGCCUUGAAUCUAUUCUUACUUCAUCGUCAUCACAUCGAUCCAGCCGCCCUAUUGCAAAUCCAUCCUGUAGAUAAACAUAUUCCUUUACAUCAACCUGUAUUCAUAUUAGCCGGGAUGCUGUCCUUUAAUGCCCUUGUUAAUCUGUCGUGGUACAUGCGAAUCGUCACUCCUGAGUCGCCCUCCCUAUGGUUACCAGCUAUAGCCUAUCUGUCCAGCCUCCUCUUACUCUUCUGGCCACGGAAACAACUCUUGUUCAAAGAACGAGCACGAUUCCUAAGAGUCUUACGGCGGGCAUGUUCCAUGAACCUAGUUUCGCCAGUGUACUUUGCCGACAUCAUCCUUGCCGAUAUACUGACAAGUUUUUCUAAUGUGUUGGGUGAUCUGUUUGUGGCAAUAUGGAUCCUCGUCACUGGGGAUGAUCGAAACUAUUCAGACGCGUUACCGAUGAAAAUCAAUAGCCUGGCUUGGCAUCCCGAUUUGUUUCUCCCUCUUCCGUACCUCAUUCGUCUUCGUCAGUGCUUGUCCGAAUACCUUGAAAGUCGCGGACAGCAAUCACGUCAUUUAUUCAAUGCUUUGAAAUACGCCUCGGCCUUUCCUGUCAUCAUCUUAUCCGCCGUGCAACGAAGAGCCACCAGCUAUGUAGCCGAAACUGGAUCAGUACCCAAGAAUUGGUGGUUGGACGAAGUCAACAUCUUUCGAUUAUGGAUGGUCUGUGUGUUUAUUAAUUCCAUGUAUUCAUUCUGGUGGGAUAUUUCAAUGGACUGGAGUUUUAUGCAUUUCACGUACGAUACGGGCAUCACCAAACAUGUCAACGCCAAACCUCAAACCACACCUAUCCUACGUUUUCGACGCCAUUUACACUUUUCUUCGGCUUUUCCUUAUUUUACGGCCAUGAUAAUCGAUUUCUUAUUACGGACGACGUGGAGCCUUAAACUAAGCUCGCAUUUGUAUCUUAAACAGCUGGAAGGGAGCCUCGUGUUUAUAGAAUUAUUAGAAGUGCUCCGACGAUGGGUGUGGGUGAUUUUUCGCAUGGAGAGUGAGUGGGUCAAACGUACCCAUGGGAUGUUGCCCAUGACAAAUAAUAACAAUAGCAACCCCAACCAUAAUAACAACGAUAUCUUACGCAUGGAACGUCUCGAGUAUCCCCCCGCCAAACUCGCGCCUAUUCGAGAAGAAGACGAUCCCAUUCAAUCAUCUACUCACUCGUCGUGA